GGAGUCGAUACUUGACUAUCAGUAUACUGCAUAUUAUCACAAUAAUGUGCCAAGCGCUUUCCGAUCCACCAAUAUUUGCCGAGCCGAUACCAAAUGUCACCGUGGCGCUGGGAAGGGACGUCAGUCUACCCUGCGUCAUCGAAAAUCUCGGAAGUUACAAGGUGGCGUGGAUCCACGUUGGACGCCAAAUGCUGCUUACUAUUCACAAGCAUGUGGUCGUGAAAGUACCCAGGUUUUCCGUGUCGCAUGACAAUCAGAAAACAUGGCUGCUUCACAUUAAUAGUGUGCAACAGGAUGACCGGGGUUAUUAUAUGUGCCAAGUAAAUACCAAUCCAAUGAUAAGUCAAGUGGGCUUUCUUCAAGUCGUUGUGCCACCAAAUAUAUUGGAUUCCCUUUCUACGGAGAGCACCGUAGCAGUUCGAGAACAUCAGAAUAUUACUCUCACAUGCAAGGCCGAUGGAUAUCCACCACCAAAAUUAAUGUGGAAACGAGAAGAUGGUCAAGUAAUAAGCCUCAACAAACAUCACAAAGUGAACCUGUAUGAUGGCGAGCAAUUAAACUUGACGAGGAUCACACGCAGCGAAAUGGGUGCUUAUCUCUGCAUCGCGACCAAUGGUGUGCCGCCCACGGUCAGCAAGAGGAUCACCGUCGAUGUCGAAUUUUCUCCGAUGAUCUUCGUGCCGAAUCAGCUUGUGGGUGCGCCAACUGGCACCAACGUAACGAUCGAUUGUCACACGGAAGCUUAUCCCCGUGCCAUGAGCUACUGGUUUCUAGGAGAUGAGAUGAUUCUCUCCAACGAGAAGUACGCGACGAAUAUCAUGGAGAACAGCUACCGCGCGCACAUGAGACUCACCAUCAGAAACUUGACAGCGAGUGACUUCGGUAGCUACCGGUGCAUUAGCAAAAACUCGCUGGGCGAGACGGAAGGAUCCAUCAGAUUAUACCCCAUUCCGAAGCCAUCGGCGGCACCGAAGGCGACAGAGAUCAAGAGCAGCGCUAACAAUGAAGGACGACCGAGCACGCCACCGCCAGCAAAAAGGCUGACCACCGUGUGGCCCUCGUCGUACAACCCCUACUAUCCGAAAAGGACAGAGAGACCACCUCAGCCGAGUGAGGAGAGGGUUGAGAGGCCCGAGCAGAAGCUACGUGGUGGCGAAAGUACAGGAAGCGCAUACAUCAUCAGAUGGAGUGCGCCGCAGCUGAUGGUCGUGGCGGUGCAGUACAUUCUCACAGGGCCCUACAUGCCCCCUUAUGUACCGCAGACAGCGAAUUAAAACGUCGCGGGGAAAAGAACCAUCGUCGCGCCGUUCA